AAAAAUGAAAACUGCAUACGACGUCGUUGAAGGAUAUCGUUUUGCAACGGGGCCAUUUUGGGCUGUGGCGCCGUCGCAACACACAAACAGAAUGACGGCAACAAGAAGUGUGCCUUUACCGCGGCGGACAGAAACCAGUGGGGACUGGUGAGCAGUUAACUGUGCUUAUGAUACCGAUAGCAGAUUUUUCCUUCGGAGAACGAAUUGUUACUAAGCUCAAAGUGCACACACCUCGUUCGUAGAAAAUGGUGACGAGCUGACCAGUGGCAAUCCGCACCGAUGUAUGCGGUUAGGUUUCUACGUUUGAUUACAACAAGAUCUCCUCUUUCCUUUAUCAAUGGAAAUCCUGUUUACUCACCGUCCAGAGCUUCGUAUGAUGUAACAUUUGGUCAUUUAAUAGAAUUGCUGACGAAAAGCCCAAAACCUCAAGCUUACGGUUCAAUGUCAAAGUUCAGAAAUCCAUUCCAUGCGCAAAAAUGCCAUGAGCAGCUCCCUAAAUUGAAGGAUCAGGGUCAGGAGGUAAUUUCACUUGGUGCAAUGCUGUUGGUUUAUCAGCACUGCUCGGAUCAAUUAGCAUGUGGCCCCGGACUGCAUAUGCGAUGGAUGACUUUGGUGCUUUUUUGGAUGAUGGUCACAGCUUGGGCUUAAUGGAAAAUCCCAAAACUAAGAAAGACCACAGGACUUUCUUUGUCUUACUAAAGAAACUAAUUGUUCCUAUUUUCCUAGUGGCAACUAUUUUUCUAAAUUUGGGUCAUCCUCUCAUCCUUGCUGCAAAAGUAACUCUUAUUCUUUACAUGACGAAGCCCAGCCCUCUCUCGAUUUAUCUCUUUGUUGAAGAGAUACGAAAUCAAGUCAUCUGUAAACAUCCAUUCAUUUUUCAAUUCAAGUCAUUGUAUGCAAAUAAAGUUGAGGUUGAAGAUUAUGAGAUCUUCUGUUUGGCUACAGUGGAACUAAAAGAACAGAAGUUCACUGUAGUUGGAUUUCUUGGAAGCUGGUGGGUUUUGCCUGUAUCCUCCUCGCGGGAAGAUGGAUUAUUUUCUAUGCUCAAGGACAGAUUUAAGAAAAUUUUAAGUUGAGGUUUUGUUGUAUACAAAAUGCAGUGUAGAGAGGUUAUGGGCGUGUUGUUAUCCAAUAUAUGCCAAAAGUGCAAGCUGAGGGAGGAACAGCUGCCUAGCAUAGUAGCAUACUAGCAUGGAACUUAUUGAGGCUCUAUUUACUUUCAAUUUCUUUCUAUUGUACUCGUAUCAAUACUAUGUUGUCUGCCUUUCAUAAAUUUUGCUUCAAUUAGUCAAUAAAUAUUCCUAUGUAGCCUGCAUUGCUGCAACUCUAUAGCAUUAUAAUUAUUCCUAAAAGUCAAGUCUAUUUUUUACAUUUUGAGUUAUGAAUAACAC